AAGAAGAGGAAGAAGGAAGAGGAAGAGGAGGAGGAGGAGGACCAUGGCUGCGGCUGACAGCGGGCUGAAGCCUCUUCAGGGCGCCAUGAAGAUGGCCAAAGAGGCGAUCCAGCUGGAGGCAGGAAACAGACAUAAGGAAGCCUACUAUGAAUACCUCCGAACCAUCAACUACAUUUCACAUGCUCUGUUGCAAGAAGAGAAGAAGAAGGAGGAGGAGGAGGAGGAGGUGGAGGUGGAGGUGGAGCGGAUGCUGAGGCUAGCUGAGCAGUGUCUGGAGCGAGCCAAGUCCUUCCUAGGAAAGUGCUCUGACCCUCCUGACCCCCCCACCUCCACCUGUUCCUCAGCCGGCCAAUCAGAGCCUCUUCAGACUGAGGCCGGCCCUGCAGCUCUAAACGCUGCGUCUGCAGCGUCUGCUGCUGCUGCUGCUGCUGCUGCUGCUGGUCGUGUCGACGCGCCGCAGAGAACCGACAGCCCCGCCAUGUCUGGUCACCGGCGGGUUCUGUCUGACGGCGGCGGAGGAGAGAUCUCCUCCUUCCCUCCUCCUGAAGUCUUCCAGAGGCUGCAGACGGCGGCCUCCCAGGACUCCAGCAGAAAGGAGCUGACGCCGCUGGAAGAGGCUUCACGUCUGAACCAGAAGCUGAAGGCCAGCUAUGAAGCGCGGGUGGCGAGGCUCCCGCCUGGCCAGGCCUCCCAGAAGACUUCCUUGACGCUGUCUCUGCAGCGGCAGAUGAUGGAGAACAUGAUCAUAGCCAAAGCCAGACAGGAUGCUCUGCAGAGGAAGGUGGAGGAACGGAGGCUACGGCUGCAGGAAGAAGCUAACAGGAGGUUUGCUGCGUCCGGAGCGAUGACUGCAGAGGAGCAGGAGCAGCGGCUGCUCUAUGCCAACGUGCUGGAGUACGAGCAGGACCAUGAUUGGCCCAAACAGUGGAGAGCUAGCAUAAAGAAGAACCCGGAUUCCUCCUCGGUCUCAGAUUUGCUCUCCUACCUGUUCAGCCGGUCGGACCACCCAGUGGUGAAGCUGCUGAGGAAACAUCAGUACAGGAUUUACAACAAGCUGUACCCCAUCGUGAGUAAAAGCCUCCCCCAGAGCCCCGCCUUGGUGCUGAGAGCUUCACGCAGCGCUCACAGCCUGCCUCGUCCAGAGAGUCACAGGAAGCCCAGCAGAACCGGCAGUCAUGGCUGCGGCGGCCACAGCUUCAGCGCCGACGCCUCGCUCUCCCCGUCACGCUCCCAUGAACUCCACACCAACUGCGAGGAAGAGGAGGAGGAGGAGGAGGAGGAGGAGGCCGGCCGGGACAACUCCUUUGAAGACCUGGAGCAGUUCCUGUCCCAGCUGGACUGGACCCCUCCCAUCAGCAGCCUGGAGGCGACCUGUGACCCCUCCAUGGAGCUGGAGGAGCUGGAGCUGAGGGCGCUUAAGGAACACCUGAAAGCCAUCGUUAAAGACAUUCAUAUAGCAGUCGAUCAACUCCUCUCUCUGUGUUUGCUGUCCUUCGACUGCCUAAACACGGCCGCUUUCAAGGACCUGUGCCUCGGCAGCAUAGAGAAGGCCUUCUUCACGCCUCUGUGGAGCGCCCUGGUGGCCCUCUUCAGGAGGGUCCACAGAGAGAGAGAGCAGCUUUUUGAGAAGAACAUGAGGCUGUUCUGCAGCGCCUCUCCAGCAGAUGUCGGUGUUCCCCUGAAACUGUUUCCCCAGGAUCCCGGCGCUCUUCAUGGUUCCUACCCCUAUGAGUCGGCUGUUCAAGAGCUGAAGCUCCUGCUUCAGGACCGCUGUCCACAGAGGAAGCUGGAAUGUGUUGUUCGGACGUUACGGCUGAUCUGCGCUUGUGCCGAGGACUACAAGAGUCUUCAAGGAGGAGAACCUACACCCAAGACGGCCGCCAUCGGUGCAGACGACCUGCUGCCCAUCCUGUCCUUCGUGGCGCUGCGCUGCCAGAGUCCCCAGCUGGUGUCCGAGUGCGCCGCUUUGGAGGAGUUCAUUCAUGAGAGCUUUUUGAUUGGAGAGGAGGGUUACUGCCUGACGUCGCUGCAGAGUGCGCUGGCUUACGUCGAGUCUCUGUGAGCUCCCUGCGCUCCAGCAAACGGGCUGCUGCUCAUCAUCCUCACUCUUCAUCACGACCUUCAUGCUGCAUGACGGCGGCUGGUGCUGCCAAACCCUGACUGGAGGUCCAUCAGCUCGGUUCUGAGCCUGCAAGUCAACGUCUGAGGCGUCAACCAGAACCAGAACGUCAAC